AUGGAGAUAAAAGAUGAUAUAAGAAUUUAUAAAAUCAAUGACAGCACUAAUGAAAACAAAAGUGUUGACAAUGGACAAUAUUGGUUAAAAAAAAAGUAUGCAGAUGGUAUGGAUAUUAUAGAGAUUAAGAAAGAAAUAGAGAAAUUAACAACAGGUACCCCAAUCGAGUCCGAUAAAACACUUAGAGAUCAAUUAAUAUUAUUAAAAUCAUUAUUGAUAACAAUGGUACCAGUGAUGACAUGUGAUUGUAAAUUAUGUAUUAUCGGUUCAUUACCACCACAACUUCAAAAAAAAGUAUCGUCAAAAAAGAAAACAGAAUCAACAUUUACAAAUGAUUGGUACCAUUAUAUAUCAUUAACAAUUCAUUGUUUACAACAUCAAAUUGGAUUUGAAAAAUAUGUUCAUGUUAAAGCUAUAUCAAACUAUAUCAUAUUACACAAACAAUUGAGAUUAAUAUUAUAUCCAGAUGAUAACAAACAUAUUUCAGUUUUUAGAAAAGAGAUUUCAAAUUAUUUAUUUAAUCAUCAAGUAAUAUUUCAACAAGGUAAAUUAGAAUAUAAGGAUUAUUGGUCAUUAUUAAAAAAUUAUGAUCCAUGGGAUUUAAAUAAAAAUUCAACUACAACCUCUACUACAAUUUCAACUUCAACUUUAGCUUCAACCUCAACUCCAACAACAAUAACUACAACUUCAACUCCAACAACUCCAACAACUCCAACAGCAACUCCAACAGCAACUCCAACAGCAACAACAACAACAUCACCCACUUUUCCAUCAUUAAAAUUGAUUCUUCCAAUUUAUAAAAAUAAUAAACGACCACCACAAGAAUUAGAAUCAAAAAAAAACCAAACCUCUCCAAAAAAUUCAAUUGAUAUAACAACCUUUAAUCUUGAAACUAAUGUUAUUGACAAAAAUGAUCAGAGUGGACAAAAGAAAAGUGAUAAAAGAAAGGAAAAAGAAAUAGAAAAAGAGAAAGAGAGAGAAAAGGGAAUAGGAAUAGAAAGAGAAAGAGAAAAAGAAAAAGAAAAAGAAAAAGAAAAAGAAAAAGAAAAAGAAAAAGAAAGAGAAAGAGAAAGAGAAAGAGAAAGAGAAAGAGAAAGAGAAAGAGAAAGAGAAAUAGAAAGAGAAAUAGAAAAAGAAAAAGAAAGAGAAAAAGAAAGAGAAAUAGAAAUAGAAAUAGAAAGAGAAAGAGAAAGAGAAAUAGAAAGGGAAAAAGAAAAAGAAAGAGAGCGAGAAAAAGUAAAAGAAAAAGAAAGAGAAAAAGAAAGAGAAAAAGAAAAAGAAAAAGAAAAAGAAAAAGAAAAAGAAAAAGAAAAAGAAAAAGAAAAAGAAAAAGAAAAAGAAAAAGAAAAAGGAAAAGAAAAAAAAAAAGGAAAAGAAAAAGAAAGAGAAAGAGAAAAAGAUACUGAUAAAGAUAAUGACAAAGACAAAAAUAAAAACAGUAAUAAUAGUAUAGAUAAAUAUUUAAAUAUUGAAAGUAAUAAUCGUUCUAGUACCAAAUAUAACAAUAUUGAUAGUGAUAUUAAAAAAAGUAAUAAUAAUAAUUUUGCUUCAUUUUCUCACUCACAUAAUAAUAACAGUAAUAAUAAUAAUAAUAAUAAUAAUAAUAAUAAUAAUAAUAAUAAUAAUAAUAAUAAUAAUAAUAAUAAUAAUAAUAAUAAUAAUAAUAAUAAUAAUAAUAAUAAUAAUAAUAAUAAUAAUAAUAAUAAUAAUAAUAAUGUUUAUAAUGUUUAUAAUGAAAAUAAUGAAAAUAAUGAAAGUAAUAAAAACCAUAUCAACGGAAAAAAAAGAACAAAUUCACAAGUGGAAUUUGAACCAAUGUCGGUAGUUAUCGAAUCUAUUGAAGCCAACACCGAAAACAAUAAAAGAGUUAAAACCAAAAAUAAAAAUCUUGGUCCUAUUGAUCCAAUUGAAUUGGAAAAGAAAAUUUUAAAUAGGUUUAACUUUUUCAACAUUGUAUGUAGAAUGAAAAUGGAAUCAAUUGGUGUUAAAUUAACAAAAGAAUUUGUAAGAUUUAUGAUUUUAAAAUGUUUAGAUAAUGAUACAUGUAUUGAAAAUGAAAGAGAAAUAUCAGCAAAAUUGCAAGCACCAUAUGUAAUUGAAAUGUUUUGGCAUACAUUAAUUGUCGAUAUGGAUAAUUAUAAAAGAUUUCAAAAGUUAUUACCAAUAAUAUUAAACUGUAAUCCAACAACAAUAUUAGACCCAAUUGAAGUCCAAAAAGAAAGAUUUGAAAGAACUUUAAAACUUUAUGAUAAAUAUUUUCCAAAUAGCCAAAGAGAUAAUAAGAUUUGGGAUUUUAAAAAUAUUAAAGAGUAA